CACUCACUCACAGUCAGAGUUACUCCAGUGAAUCUGUGUUUUCAGCUGUUGUUAUGCUGGUUCCUGAAGGCCCAACCGAAGACCAAUUCCAGGCUCAUUUUGCAAGCAACUUCCUGGGCCACUUCCCGUUGAGCCGCCUCCUGCUGGACAGCCUGGUGCAUUGUGGGAAGGAUGAGUCCUUUUCUCAGCACACGUGGCGUUACAUCGCUAAUGAAGCAUGCGGAUGGAGUAAACCAGCACAGCUUCUGUUCUUCUAUUAUCUGCACUAUGCACUUGUGUCCAGCGGGUGUGCGGUGAUGUACACUGCGGUGGAACCCUUUCUGGUGGACACUGUGAACCUCAGCAUCACUGGACUUGCACAGAGAGCCUUCUCACGCCUCUUCUUCCAGACUCCGGCUGAAGGUGCUGUUUGCUGCAGUUUCUCCACCUGUGGAAGGUGUAUCGGUGGAUUUUACCUGUAUUUUUCUGCAGCUUCAUAUGAGGAAGAACAGGACGGGUCUGCUAUGAUCUGCUGGAAAAGGAAUAAAAUGAAAUAAGUUAAAUAUGUAGAGUCGUAGUUGAGCUCUCUUGCAGAUCUGCACUUUUAUAAAGCACUUCAGUACCAGUGGACGAUCCAGAACGCCUCCAUUGCCCCAUAGUGUUGAUGUUGUUGUGUUGUUUUUGUGUUGACAAUCUCACACCGAAGAGCUGUGAUGAUGGAGGGAAUCGUCAGGUUGUGUUUUUGUUUGAAUUUAUUAGUGUUUCUGAAGGGCUCGGCGCUGAUGAACGAUCAUCGUAAACCUCCGUCCACACUGUGAUUGUGUUCAGAUCUGUCCAUUUCUGUCCGCCAUCUUGGAAAGGUAAAUAGAUAAUGUAAUAUAUAUAUAUAUAUAUAUAUAUUUAUUGGCAACAUAAGUAUGUGCACACAAACGAGAGCUGGGUGGAUUACUAUUAUUAGUUUCUGAUUACAAAUUACACAUUUAGAAUAAUCCAAUCAGGCUACUUUUUGGAUUGGAUUACUUUGUGCUAACCCUUUAUUUGAUGUCACGUAUAUUAAAGCAGGAUACUUUUGUGCUGUUUCGAGAGAUGAAGUCCAGAUUGUGAGGUGGAAGUCAAUAUUGCAAGCUGCAAAGUCAAUUGCAAAACGUAGAUAAAAUUGUGAAACUGUAAACUGUUGUCAUAAUGGUUAGACAAAGUUAAAAUUAUAAGACAGUUAAAAUUUAACACAUUUCUUAUCAUAAAAGUUUUAAUAACAGCUUAAAGUGACAUUUAAAGGUUUCACUA